UUUUUUUUUUCUUACAUCUUUCUUUGCAUCUUUCGUAAGCUUCUUGUCCUUUCUUAUUCUCUUGUCAUAAAAGAGGAGAAAAAAUGAAACGAUCUUACGAAGAUUCCAAGGAAGAACCACGUCCAAAGCUCCACCGAGUAUAUGAAGGUUCUCCGCUUAGUAGCGUACCAUCACCUGCUUGGUCUGCCAAUUCAGCAUCACCUGCUUAUCGUCCUCAACCCAAGCAUGUUCGCCACUUUAAGGGUUGCUCUAAAAUAACAGACUAUGAAUUUUUAGAUAAGCUUGGUGAAGGUACUUUUGGUGAGGUUCAUAAAGCAAAAGAUAAACAUACCAGUCAAUUGGUAGCUUUGAAAAGAAUUCUUAUGCAUAAUGAAAAAGAAGGCAUUCCCAUCACAGCCAUUCGUGAAAUCAAAAUUCUAAAGCAACUCUCACACAAGAACAUUGUACCAUUAAGUGAUAUUGCUGUAGACAGAGGCGAUCCAACACGCAAAGAAAAGGGCUGUAUUUAUAUGGUCUUUCCUUACAUGGAUCAUGAUUUAGCUGGUUUAUUAGAUAAUCCUAAAGUCAAACUCAAUCAACCACAGAUCAAGACAUAUUUGAAGCAAUUAUUAGAAGGCACAGCCUAUCUUCACCAUAAUAAGAUUCUUCAUAGAGAUAUGAAAGCUGCCAACUUACUUAUUAACAAUGAUGGUAUCUUACAAAUUGCUGAUUUUGGUCUUGCUCGAGGCAUGGAAGAUGAGAACAAAGAAUAUACAAAUUGUGUUGUUACACGAUGGUAUAGACCACCAGAACUCUUUCUGGGUGAAAGACGCUAUACAAGUGCUAUUGAUAUGUGGGGUGUUGGCUGUGUGUUUGGUGAACUACUCAAGUCAAGACCUAUUUUACAAGGCACAGAUGAUUUGGACCAAUUAAAGAAGAUAUUCCAUCUCUGUGGUUCACCUACACAAGACAACAUGCCUGGAUGGGAUAUGCUUCCUGAUGCGAAUAAGGUCCGAUUUGAACCAUCCACAAGACAUGUGCGUGAAGAAUACAGUCACUAUGAUACACUUGCUGGUGAUUUGAUGGACAAGUUACUUAUUUUAGAUCCCAAGAGAAGAUUGACUGCACUAGAAGCAUUAGAGCAUGAUUAUUUCUAUACAAUGCCUUUACCAGCAGAUCCAGCAGACUUACCUAAAUAUGAUGCCUCUCAUGAAUUUGACCGAAGAAAAGUGAAAAAACCACAUCGCAAUUAAAUAAAUCGUUUAU